AUGCUUGAUAUCAACUUGGACUUCAAGCGCCAUAAAUGGGCCUUGAUCUACUGCUCGGUCUCUGCACUUGGGGCGCUUGUGUUUGGCUAUGACAACACAUAUUAUAGUGGAAUUCUUGGAAUGCAAGAGUUCAAGAACGACUACGGAAAUCACUACGAAAGCGGGACAAAAGCGCUUGCAACUGACUUUACCUCAUUAACUACUUCGAGCAUCUACAUUGGUGACAUGAUUGGCGCGUUCAUAUCGGGUCCACUCAAUGAUUGGUUUGGAAGAAAGACAGUUUUGGGAAUUGCUGCAUUCUUUGUGCUAGCAGGAGGCAUUGCGCAGGUCGCCGACACUCACUUUGAGGGUGUCAUUGUAGUGGGUCGUAUCUUGAUUGGUCUCGGGGUGGGGAAUUUUACGGUCACCUCUCUUCUCUAUAUGGGUGAAGUGGCGCCCCUUGAAAUCCGAAGUCCUGCUCUUUACAUGUACCAGUUCCUUCAAUCUUGCUCCCAGCUUGUUGCAUCGGGGAUAACCCAGGGCACAAAUGAGAUCAAGUCGUCACUUUCCUACAAGCUGCCUAUGGGUGGACUGGUGAUUCUACCUCUGGUAAUCCUUCUCUUCCUACCAUUCAUACCGGAAAGUCCAACCUGGUAUAUUUCUCGGAAUCGGAGAGACUUAGCCGAAAGCUCCUUGCGGAAGGUUCACCAGAACGAUGACACCUACGACCCAUCUGCCGAUAUCGCACUAAUUGAACAGGCUCGAGAAUAUGAGGAAGAGCAGUUAAGAGCGUCCUCCUGGAGGUCUCUUCUCAUGGACUCUGUCGAGCGUAAAAAGCUACUCUGGGCUGCAGGUGGAAUGUAUGCUCAACAAAUCUGUGGCAUAAUUUUCUUCUACAACUAUGGUGUUGUAUUCGCGCAAGAAAUCGGUGUCUCUCAGCCAUUCACCAUCACACUUAUUACCAUGAUCUUGCAAAUCAUCGCUGUCGGUGCCUCGGUUCUCACCGCCAACAAGCUGAGCCGACGCACAAAUCUUCUUGUAAGCACAGGGCUCAUCUUUAUUGCAUUCAUUGUGAUUGGUGGAAUUGGUUCUCAAAAGUUUCUCUCCACUGCCUCGAAAUAUGUGAUUGUCGUGUUUUCAUAUGUGGUCAUUUGUGCCUAUAAUUUUGGACAAGGUCCAUUGACUUAUGCAAUCACUCGAGAACUUUCUGUGGGUGUGAACCAGAACAAGAUUAUUUCGAUUUCCAUCGUGUCUCUCUACUUUUUCCUGUGGCUUAUUUCCUUUACUGCUCCUUAUCUCUAUACCGAUGCUGGCCUCGGACCCAUGGUGGGUUUCGUCUAUGCGGGAACUACUCUCACAUCACUUGCGUGGGUCUGGUUCUGCGUGGGGGAAACACAAGGAAGAACACAGCUUGAAAUCUCUUUGUUUUUCACAGAAAAGAUUCCGGCUCGCCAGUGGGGAACUCAUGUAUUUUCAGAUUUAGCGGCACAUAUUCACGAGAAAGGCGACGAUGAUUUGGAAUAG